AUGCCAACAAAGCUCCAUCUAGUGCGCCAUGCACAAGGAUACCAUAACCUCGGCCCCGAAUAUUGGAGCCUUGUUGAUCCGAUGUUGACAAAGGAAGGAAAACGGCAAUGUUUGGAGCUGAGCCGUAGCUUUCCUUCCAAAGAUGCCAUCGAGUUAGUAUGUGCUUCACCGAUGCGCCGUGCCAUUUACACUGGUUUGGAGGCGUUCGGCUCUGUUCUUCAAGAGCAACAAGGGACUAAAUUGAUUGCGCUGCCGGAUCUACAAGAGGUCAGCGAUUUUCCUUGUGAUGUGGGAAGCGACAUUGUCAGUUUGCGCAAGGAGAUCAACGACGCAAAUUUGCCAGUGGACUUGAGCUUUGUGGAAGGGGAUUGGACGAGCAAAACAGGGAGAUACGAAGGAACACUAGGAAAGCUUCGUGUCCGCGCUAGAGAUGCCAGGAAUUGGUUAAAGAAUCGACCGGAGAAAGAGAUUGUGGUUGUCAGUCAUGGAAACUUCUUACAUUUCCUGACUGAGGACUGGGAAGAUGGUUGUAAACAUGAUGCAACCUCCUGGACCAAUGUCGAAUAUCGAACUUAUGAGUUUGCCGAGGAGAAGAAUGGCUCCCUUGAACAAUUGGAUGAUGCCCCAUUGCAAGAAACGACGGAAUCACGUCACCGACGCGGGAAAUUCAAUACUUCGCCUACGCGCGAGGCUCAAAAGGUGAUAUGCGAGCAGAUGCUAAUAGGCUGGGCAGAGCAGGGAUAUCCGGUUGGCACAUCGAAAGAAAGUACCUCAGUAGAAGUUAUUGAGGUUGAAUGA